AGUGUCAGCAUCCGACUGUCUGUUAUUUAUGUUACAUUGGGUAGAAAGAUCUUUGUCCCGCCUCCUCGCAUAUGAUUGGCUAUCUCUCACCCACUUGUGGAAACUGGCAUGCCGUCUGCCGCUGGCGUUUUAGUCAGCUGUUAGCUGCUUAGAUUCCUGAGAGUUCUCUGGAGUCCGCAGUUCCGGGUUUUCGCUCCAUCACUGUUUUCUGGGCUACAUCGUUUUGGAGCCUAGUUGACGCUGUCACCGUGCUCUGUCAAUAAUGGCUUUACUGUUAGAGCACCAGUUCAGACAACUUCCAGCCGACAAGCAAGUGGAAACUCGACCGUUUUUGGAAUCAGUGUCAUAUCUUCCGCCAUUUUUUGAUCUCCUUGGCUCCACAGUUUUUGCCCCAAUCAAGGCUGAUAUUGCUGGCAACAUAACAAAAAUUAAAGCUGUCUAUGAGAGCAACCCAAGCAGAUACAAAACUCUACAGCACAUUCUGGAUGCAGAAAAGGAGACGCAUGGAUCUGAGUGGCCCAAAGUAGGAGCUACUCUCGCCCUCAUGUGGCUGAAAAGGGGUCUACGGUUUAUCCAGGUUCUCCUCCAGAGUUUAGUGGACGGGGAGAAAGAUGAGAACAACCCUAACCUCAUCCGUGUCAAUGCAACCAGAGCCUAUGAAAUUUCCUUGAAAAAGUACCACGGCUGGUUAGUUCAAAAGCUUUUCAAGGCCGCACUAUACGCUGCUCCAUACAAGUCAGACUUCUUGAGGGCUCUCUCAAAAGGCAGAGAGGUCAAAGAUGACGACUGCCUGGAAAAGGUGCGCCAGUUCCUGGUCAACUUCUCUGCCACAGUGGAUGCCGUUUAUGAAAUGUACACGAAGAUGAAUGCUGAGCUGGAUUACACGGUGUGACUGCUGCCUUCUCACCCCCCACCCCCUUUUCUCUCUCAGAUACACACAUCCAUCUGGCCUUACCUCUCAGGUCAUGCUUUCCCUUUGCUCUGAAGGCUGGUCUCUCUCAGAGUUGCUGUUGGGAGUUUCAUUAUUAUUAUUUAAUUUUUAAUUAUUUAAUACUAUUAUUGCGUUGGUGAGUGUGUGUGUUUGUGUGUUUGUCUGUAUGUGUCGCAAAACUUAUUCUAGUGCCUUAAGAGAGUCUCUCUUUUUCUCCCACCAACCACCUACCCAUCACACCUAGGUUUGAGCUUUAUGAUAAUAUUAUUAUGUGUGAAUGGGUUAAAUAUAUGAAUGGGUUUAUCUGAACUCAUAUGAUUUUAUUUGACCUCAAACUUUAACGUUACAGUAUACUUACAAAUAAUUAGGGCCAAGCAUAGGCGUUUGUAACAUGGCAGAUUCAAUUAUCAACAUUUCAAACCCACAAGAGUCCUUAUAUGACAGUUAGUUUUUCAUUAUACAGAAUGUAAUAGGGCUAUUCUUUCUAUGAAAUGAUGGUUGACUAGCAGCUAUUUCAGGGAAUGAUAAAUGUUCUAUCAGUCACUACUCUACAACAGUUUUUUAUCACAUUAAAAAAAACUUGCAUUUCUGAAAUCUGAUCUAGAUUUUAAGUGUUCAUCUUUUAAAUGUAUGAGCAAUACCCCAUGAUAGGAUAAUCAGCACUAAUCAUAACCUUUGAUUAGCUCCUAUGGUAUUAUACAUUUACGACUUACUGAAGAAUGAAUGCCAAAACAACUAAUUCUAUUAGUUCAUAUAUGUUAUCUAAUUUUCUUAUAAGUACACACUAACACUGAAGUCAAGGCAGAACAAACAGAACAAACCAAAAGAACAGGUUGUCUCUUUUAAGUCCAAAAUAUCUAUUAAUAUCAAUUUAUUUAUUGUAUUUAUUAUAUUUUUGAUAUUAAGUAAAUACAUUUAUGCUUAUUUAUUAUCACAAAACACUUUUCCAUGUAUCCGGAAAAAAAAACGAUCCAAAGGACAAAGCACUGAGUAAAUGCAAAAAAAUAUUCACUUGACUUUAUUAGCAACUCAUAUUUAUUUUUCAUUUAUUCCAAUAAAAAGUGGAUAACUACAGUUCUUGACAAAUUAUUUUAUGAUAAAUAUGAUAAACAGCAUUAAACAUACUUUUUUCAUAUUUAUUGAAGCUCUUGAAGUUUAAUUUAUUGUGUGAUGCAUACAUAUGCAACCAAAAAAAGAAAUAUUUUACAUCACAGCUUUGAACAGAAUGUUUGGCAUAACUAAAGAAGGCUUUAUAUGACUUAACAUCCAACUGCAUGAAAACAAAGGUAGACAUUUUAGUUCAAUACCAUUGAAUGGUACCUUUAACAGGAGCAAAACUGUCUUGUCUUGUUGUAAACUUGGUUGAGUUAAUCAAAGUGUUGCAGAAGCUAUCCGACUGAUUUUGUACUCUAAGUUGGAUUUUUUGCUAAACUGAGCUUUACAACACUAAGGAGCUGCUACACAAGGGAUGAGAACUAUUUUCUAUGGGGAAAAAUGGCUAACAACAUGCUUAACUGAUGUUAUAAUAACCUGGAUAUAACCGAGGAUAGACAAAGUUGGUUUCACACCAGUUGAGUCAAUAUAUGAGAUUCAGUUGGUGGCCAGAGACCAGCGGUAGGUUCUCGAACCAGUCCAUGAUCUCUGAAUAUGCACAACAUAUCAUAAUGUAUCAGAGAAUGAUUGAUUGUGGAUAUUGGGUGACAGCUGCAUAAGUGAAGAGCUAUUUGGGCUGCCUGUGGCCUGUGUUUGCUGUAACAGUAAAAAGUUAGACUCGGAAUGUCCAUGCUUUUCUCAGAAACUAACUAUUGGAUUGGGUUGCCUGGAAUACAUAUAGUCAUAAUGAUCAUUUUUGGGACACAAAUGGAAACUACAGCCGUUCCAUGCAUCUGAGAUAAUGCAGCAUCUAAUAAUUACCUCAAUUGAAUUCUGUGGGGAUAAAUUGACAUCCUGACUGUAAAAAUGAACUGUGCCUUAGCCAGGAGAGAGACCAGUGAUUUGUCUGGAUAACAUGCUUAUGUUUCUUAAUUUGAUAUGAACCAGGAGAAUCAUUUUGUCAUAUUAAACUUUUUAAGAUGUGGAACUUCGCCUAGUUCGGAGGGUAUGGGAAGCAAGUAGAUGAUAACUGCUUUUAACUUUUUCAGGCUUUGGCUGUAUUUGAAUUAUUUUCAUCCAGUUCUCUUUCAGUGGUCUUAUCUUCACAGAGAUGAACCCAGAAAGUGCUGUGUGGCCUCUAAAAAACAGUUAGUAUUAGCAAUUAUAUGAAAACAAACACUGUAGAUCUUUAUUAUCAUUUAUUCCCUGACAGGAUGAUUCUUCCCGCAGCCCAGAACUCGUUUGAAUAAAUACAUUGUCAUGUAAGUAAAUUAUUUGGGGCAGUUUUCUUUGUGUUUUCCAAGCCUAACAUAAUGGUUACAGUAGAAUCAUUAUGUUUGUAGAUCUGAUUUAUUACAAUGACAGCACGGUGAUAUUUAUAUAAACAAGGAUAUCCUCAUAGCACUUCAGUAUGCUGUGUGUAUGCUGACAGUUUAAAUGGUGUCUCUAUGCCAUAUUAUUGUGUGUGUGUGUGAUAUGCUGUGAAUGUUGUGUGGCUUUCUAGCUGUUUUGUUUGCUGACACUGAAAGCAGCUGCCUUAAAUUCUGGACUGGGCUAUGGUAUGAAACAUUACAUAUUUGUGCUUUUUUUUCACUGACUAAACGUUGAAACAACACAUUCAUUAAUAUGAAGCCUUGACAUUCUUGGUUAGGUAAUGUUGUCCAUGUAAAUAGUUUUUUUGUUUUGUUUUUUUGAAGUGAAUUUCAAUGCAGGAUGGAUGAAUGUUCUGUUUUAACUUGAAAUUGUGAUGUUUUGAAAAUAAAAUACUAUUUUGUUUCAAUACA